CAUCUCCUCAUUAAUUCUCCAUCGGAUAAUUAAUAAGCAUUGCCAUUGUUUUCUCUUUCAUUUGAUUCCCAUUGUUUUUUCAUUCUCAUAACCUAAUCAUCCAAUAAAGAGAAGGAAAAAACAAUGGCCGCCCAGCAUCGACGCCUCCUCCUCCUCCUCAUCUCCGCCCUUCUCUUCCUUUCAGCCGCCGCACAGUACUCCUACGAUGACGAAGACGGCGAGGCUGCAGAUGCCCCUGUGGCGGUUUCCUACAUAUCUGCAUCCCCGGAUGCCUCUCCCUCCGCCGCUCCUGCCCCCGCCGCCUCGUCGGGAGACGACAUUGACGACGCCUCUUCCACGGAGGAGCAGAGUCUCUCCCUUAUACAAACAUCAAAACUCGUCUCUUCCACUCCGGGGGAAGAUGAAGCUUCUGCCGACGGAGCGUCCUACCAAACAAUGAAGGCUGUGGCGGACACAAAGCCAUCGGUGAAGUUCGACAUUGCGGCGGCCGGAAGGUCGGGCGUGAACAAGUUCGUCCACUCCAUGCUGGUGGCGUCCGUGAGGAAGACGGACAACUUCAUCUCGAACGUGAUCGAGAAGCGGCUGAGCGAUCCUUCCGCCGACUCAUACACCAAGGAUUGCAUGCAGACGUGCAAGGAGGUGUACGAGGAUUCGGUCGGCGCCAUGAGGAAGACAAUGGAGGAUAUUCAGGACGGGAACUACUUCAAAGCCAACGUGGACGUCAGCGCCAUGUCUAACGACGCCGACACCUGUAAGGAGUGCGUGAAGCAGGUCAUCGGAGAUGAUCCAGAGUUCGAGAAGUUCAGUAAGUGGGUCGACGGCGUCGUCGAUGCCUGCCUUGGCAAGAUCACCGGCAUUAAUUCUUAAUGUUUUUGCAUACUUAGCUUUGUAAAGAUCGAAAUGAAAAUGACAUUUUUAUUUCAAGAGUUUAUUAGUGAUGGAGAAAUUAAUUGAUCUGAGAUCAAAUGAAAAUACAUGCCUCUACCGUA